AUGGCUACAACACCUGCAGACAGCAGUCCGUCGUGGGCGUCUACCUGUCCGACCUGCAAGGCUAUCUGGCUUCAAUUCGCAGAUCCUGAAUCUGCGCCUGAGGUCAAUCUUGGAACCUGCAGAGAGGCGCUUUCGACUACGUGUCAGCACCACAAAGAACUGUUGCAGAGGUUCAUUGACUAUGUCCUCUCUAAAGGAGGAACUUUCGAUCACAGGGUCAUGGGGUUUCGAAAACCACACAAGGGCAACAGCGCAAGUCUCAAUCAAUCACUAAAUGGCACCGGCUAUCUUUGGAAUUUACUGUUGGUGAAGAAGGAUGACGUGCCUGGACACCCGGGCAAUGGGCGUGUACUUGAUACGGACUGGGCUGAUGUCGAAACUAUCAAAAGAUGGAAGCAUAAAUACGUUGCAUCCCAUGGUGCCAGGUGCGAAAAUCCUCUCAAAGUCUGGCCCACGCGCCCUGCUUGGCUAGUAGAUGUGCAGAAGCAAUGCAUUGUCCCAGGCGUCGAACCCGUUGACUACGUGGCAAUAAGUUACACAUACGGAAGCCAUACUCCACCCAAAAUUACUUCGAACACCUUCAGAGACCUACAAAAGCCUUCCGCUCUGGCAACCCCCGAGUUCUCAGACUUUAUCUCGCCUAUUAUCCGCCACGCCAUGUGCCUAGCCUCAGCCAUUGACGAACGGUACCUGUGGGCUGAUGCACUUUGUGUCACUCACCACGAUCCUAAGGCUGCUUCUGAGCAGUUGAGGUCAAUGGGGGCCAUCUACGCCAAUGCAGUUGUCACCAUCAUUGCCACAGAUGGUGACUCUGGAUCGGGGAUAUCUGGUCUCAAGAGUAUAUCCAACCCCCGAGGGCUGAACCAGAGAGUCAUUCCUUUCGGGGAUGAGAAGCUGAUUCUUCGGAACACUUCUUACCUGGAUGAGAUGAUCUUUUUUCCAACUCGGCUCAGGAAUUACUAUCAGAGGGGUUGGACCUGUCAGGAAUAUGCAAUGGCCAAGAGAAAGAUUAUCUUUCAUAGACGCGAGGUCCACUGGGUGUGCUCAUGUAGUCUCUGGCACGAAGAGCUCGCCUUGUUUACUGAGAUUGAUGACGAGUUGCAUCCUCAGUCCAAUAUUGUCAUAGCUGGAUUCCCGGAUGACUCAUCUCUUUCCCGUUAUUUUCACGAAUACAACCAGAGGUCUUUGACCUUUGAGGAAGAUGCUCUUCCAGCUCUGUCCGGUCUACUAUCGGUUUUCAGUCGCUCCUUUGAAGGUGGGUUCCUUUAUGGGAUUCCAGAGAUGUUCUUCGAGCAUAGUCUCUGCUGGCGAGCAUCAAGCACGGAAGGCAUACAGCGUCGCAUCGAAUCAAGUAGACCUAUCGAAAGUCGCUUUGAGUAUUCUGAUCUGCCUUCUUGGUCUUGGCUAGGUUGGAAAGGCUCUAUCAACGACCGCGGCCAGACAGGCAUUCGAGUUGGCAGCAACUACACAGGUGAAGAGGAACAUGUUGAAGAAGCAUUUCCUAUUACUGAGUGGUACACGAGUAGGUCACCAGCUGAUCCUCAUAACCGAAGGCGAAGAAUUCGGCCGACUUGGUUCGAGAAACGUGAGGGAUAUAGGGAUUUCACCAAACCUCUGCCACCGGGAUGGAAGCGUGUACCAGAACCCGGCAAUGAGCCCCAGAUUUACCCCGAUGGCUGCGGCAAAUAUCUCUUCCAGCACGAAUCUAUGCUUGAGCGCUAUGGGGCACCUUUGUACUGGUACUACCCUUUCCCUGUGAGCGAGAUCCAGGAAUCAACACCCCCUUUCAUGCCAGAGCAAACCCCGUAUCUAUUCUGUGAGACAGUCCAAGCCAGACUGUCAGGAUAUCAGCAGGAUUCCCAUAAGCUAUACUUCCUGUGGGACAAUGAAGCAAAGCUCUGCGAUGGAUUUGGAAAGGAGAUUGGAAAACUGCACCUACCUAACGAAGAAACAAGGGAUCGCUUCCCAGAAAAUGUGAAUGGAGAUGAAGCAGGGUUACAGGUUGAUAUAGUGGCGGUGUGUAGAUUGAAAAGAUGUUCCAAGACGUGGGAUCGAGGGAAAUGGAAGACGCGGCUACCAAUAUUCAGGGAGGACUUAUAUCUUGUGCUCUGGGUUGAGUGGAAGGACGGUGUUGCAUAUCGAGUUGCAAGUGGGGAAGUGAUAGCAUCAGAGUGGGAAAGUUUAGAUCUAGAGAAGGUUUCCCUUGUCCUCGGGUAA